ACAAGCGUCUGUUACUCAGGGCCAUGUGGCACAUUGCAAGUUUGCUGAGAAGACUGUGAAGCAAAAUAAGAAUGUGUUUCCUACUUCUCCGCUUGUGUCUAACAUGAAGUUUGAAUUUCAGUUUUCACAGAACUCUAGAACUUGAAGUUACACAGGAAUAUAAAAGAUACCCAAGAGUAAAAAAGAUUAUAAAGCAACACAAGAUUUUUGCUUGUAACAUCCUGUUUCCUCUGAAGAGUAACACUUGGAAUCAAAAGAGUCAUCAAAAUGAAGUGUUGUUUACUGCUGCCUUUUAUGUUGGGAAUUCUUCUCCUAUGGCCUUACUUGACUGCAACAGAACACUCCAAAACAGAAGUUAAGCAGUCAGAGGGAUUUCAUUCGAGAGUGAAGCGUGGCUGGGUGUGGAACCAAUUUUUUGUGCCAGAGGAAAUGAAUACAAUUUAUCGCGUUGGCCGGUUAAGAUCUGAUUUAGAUAAUGGAAACAAUUCUUUCAUGUACAAGCUUUUGGGAGCUGGAGCUGGAAGUAUUUUUACCAUUGAUGACAGAACAGGUGACAUAUAUGCCGUACAGAAGCUUGAUAGAGAGGAACAAUCCCUCUACAUCCUAAGAGCCCAGGUAAUAGACAUCACUACUGGAAGGGCUGUGGAACCUGAGUCUGAGUUUGUCAUCAGAGUUUCGGAUAUCAAUGACAAUGAACCAAAAUUCCUAGAUGAACCUUAUGAGGCCAUUGUACCAGAGAUGUCUCCAGAAGGAAUGUUUGUCAUCCAGGUGACAGCCAAUGAUGCUGAUGAUCCGUCAUUUGGUAAUAAUGCUCGUCUGCUAUACAGCUUACUACAAGGCCAACCAUAUUUUUCUAUUGAACCAACAACAGGAGUCAUAAGAAUAUCUUCUAAAAUGGAUAGAGAACUGCAAGAUGAAUAUUGGGUAAUUAUUCAAGCCAAAGACAUGAUUGGUCAGCCUGGAGCACUGUCUGGAACAACAAGUGUAUUAAUUAAACUUUCAGAUGUUAAUGACAAUAAACCUAUAUUUAAAGAAAGUUUACAUCGUCUGUCUGUCUCUGAAUCUGCACCUACUGGGACUUCUAUAGGAACAAUCAUGGCAUAUGACAAUGAUAUAGGAGAGAAUGCAGAAAUGGAUUACAGUAUUGAAGAGGAUGAUUCACAAACAUUUGACAUCAUUACUAAUAAUGAGACCCAAGAAGGAAUAGUUAUAUUAAAAAAGAAAGUGGAUUUUGAGAACCAAAACCAAUAUGGCAUUAGAGCAAAAGUUAAAAACCGUCAUGUUGAUGAUCAGCUUAUGAAGUACCAUACCGAAGCUUCCACCACUUUCAUUAAGAUCCAGGUGGAAGAUGACGAUGAGCCUCCUGUUUUCCUCCUUCCAUAUUAUGUAUUUGAAGUUUUUGAAGAACAUCCACACGGAUCAUUUGUAGGCAUGGUGUCUGCCACAGACCCAGAUCAUAAGAAAUCUCCCAUCAGGUAUUCUAUAACUAGAAGCAAAAUGUUCAAUAUUGAUGACAAUGGCACAAUCACCACAACGAAUCCACUUGACCGGGAGAUCAAUGCUUGGUACAACUUAAGUAUUACAGCUACAGAGAAAUACAAUGUACAACAGGUCUCUUCAGUCCCUGUGUAUGUGCAAGUUCUUAAUAUUAAUGACCAUGCUCCUGAGUUCUCUCAGUACUAUGAGACUUAUGUUUGUGAAAAUGCAGGCUCUGGUCAGAUAAUUCAGACCAUCAGCGCAGUGGACAGAGAUGAAUCCAUAGAAGAUCACCAUUUUUACUUUAAUCUAUCUUUAGAAGGCACAAAUAAAUCAAGUUUUGCAAUCAUAGAUAAUCAAGAUAACACAGCUGUAAUUUUGACUAAUAGAACUGGUUUUAGCCUUCAAGAAGAGCCUGUCUUCUAUAUCCCCAUCUUAAUUGCCGACAAUGGGUCCCCAUCAUUGACAAGUACAAACACUCUUGCCAUAUUCGUCUGUGACUGUGAUGACAAUGAGAAUACACAGACCUGCAGGGACAAAGAAUUUAUGCUUUCCAUGGGAUUCAAAACAGAAGUCAUUAUUGCUAUUCUGAUCUGCAUUAUUGUAAUAUUUGGGUUUAUUUUUUUGAUCUUGGGCCUAAAACAGCAAAGGAAACAGACUCUAUUUCCUGAAAAAGGUGAAGAUUUCAGAGAGAAUAUAUUCUGCUAUGAUGAUGAAGGCGGUGGAGAAGAAGAUACAGAGGCCUUUGACAUUGUAGAGCUGAGAAGUAACACCGUAAUGAGGGAACGCAAGACUCGAAAAACUACCAGCGCCGAGAUCAGGAGCCUAUACAGACAGUCAUUACAGGUUGGGCCAGACAGUGCCAUAUUCAGAAAAUUCAUUCAAGAAAAACUCUUAGAAGCCGAUACUGAUCCGUGUGCUCCCCCCUUUGACUCUCUCCAGACCUAUGCUUUUGAGGGAACAGGAUCCUUAGCUGGAUCCCUGAGCUCCUUAGAAUCAGUCAUAUCUGAUCGGGAUGAAAAUUAUGAUUACCUUAAUGAGUUGGGGCCUCGCUUUAAAAGAUUAGCAUGUAUGUUUGGUUCUACAAUGCGGUCAAAUAAUUAGGAUUUUUUUUUUUUACUAUCAAAAUUUAUAAAAAUUGCUAAAGUAUGUGGACCAUUAAAUGGUAGGCUUUUGGUAAAGAGUUUUGUUCUUUGGCUCCUUCAUGGCAAAAAGUCCUAGUUUAUAAGGUGUUGUGAUUUCUUUUGAGUCAAUGUCCCAUGGUUAUCAUGGUUACCCAUGUGCUGUCACUGAACAAAGAUGGGGGAGUAUUGGCUAACAGUUAGCUUUCAGAU